AUGGCAGUUAUUGUCAAACUAGUAGCUGUUUUUACGCAUCAGCUAAGUAGCAGGUACAUAAAUUCUUUCGCCAAGUGGCUAGAAGUUGGCAGUGUUAGUUGCUCGCUUGUUGUGGGAGUAAUUAGAGUCAUGGAUAUCAGUCCUGAAAUAUGUGCUAAAAUGAUUGCACUUAGAGAACACACUUCUAAAAUUAAAAAACAUUUAUCGCCGCUUGAAUUUCAUAACGAAACUCAAUGCGAUUCAGGAGUGGCAGUAGAUGCUUUCUUCCAUUCAUUGUACCGACAGCCAACUAUGUCCGUCCUUUUAGGAACGGGGUCUUCAGAAGUGACUGAAAGAUUGGCUAGAGUGGUUAGCAGGUGGAAUGUCAUUCAGAUGUCUUAUGGUGCCUCGUCUCCUGCCCUGAGCGAUCGAAAGAACUUUCCUAUGUUUUUCAGAACAGUGGCUCCUGAUUCAUCACACAACGCAGCAAUAGUGGCUUUUAUUUCGAAUCAUAAAUGGUCUCACGUCGCAGCCUUCCAUGAACAAGGAGACAGACAUGCAUUGCCAAUGACAAAAUUAAUUAAUGAUCUGGAAGAAGUAAAUGUUACUGUGACUCUGACCAAAGGUGCGAGUGCAAAGGAUUAUAAAGAUCAUUUACAAGAAAUGAAAGCUCAAGAUUGUCGCAUCCUCUUAUGCAGCUUUUCUGCAAUUCUUUUCAAGAAAGUCUUCUGCCAGAUUUACAAGCUUGGCAUGCAUGUUGGUGAAUACGUGUGGAUUUUACUCGGGGAUGCCGCUGAAUUAUGGUGGCGGGAAUCUUCUGAUAUAGUAUGUAAUAGACGCCGAAUAGCGAACGAUAUUCGAAGUGUUGUCACCGUUAGCAGUCAUUAUGAGCUCCGUGAAAACGGGUCGGCGAUUUCUAUGAUUACUAUACUAGAUGUCCUGGCUGAUAUAGGAUACAAUGCUGCACCACGAUCUAUAGGCUACAUCCCUCACACUUAUGAUGCUGUGUGGGCUAUUGCUUUGGCUUUCAAUCAUGUUGAGGAAAUGUGGAGAUCAACGAACUCAUCAAUUACGCUGGGAGAUUUCACAUAUGACAAACAUGUUAUGGCGCAACAGCUAUCCAAUGCAGUUGAAAAUUUGCACUUCAUUGGUGUUUCAGGUCCUGUAUCAUUCCAUAAAUCGGAUCGAGUGGGAAUCACUGCUUUCCAUCAGAAACAAGGUAAUCUAUUGAAAUUAGCUGCUGUUUAUGAGCCAGAAGCAGCUGAAUUAGAUGAGCAUUGCUUGAGUUGCAGUGGAUUUCAAUGGCAAGGUGGCAAUCCUCCUAUUUCUAGUCGUGUCAUAAUCAGAAGAAUAGCAGUUCUUGAUCGACGAGUGUUUAUAUGUGUUACGGCAUUAGCUGUUCUUGGAGUACUUUUAGCUCUCAUCUUCUUGUCAUUCAAUCUUUACUACCGCAAAGUUAAGUUCAUUAAGCUUUCCAGUCCGAAUUUGAAUAAUUUCGUCGUUGUGGGAUGUGUGUUGGUGUACAUCGCUGUUAUUUUACUGGGAAUGGAUCAUGGAACUUUAGCCAGUGAUGAUCACUUCCCGGUCAUUUGUUCAGCUCGAGCAUUCCUACUUUCUGGAGGAUUUUCUCUUGCAUUUGGGUGCAUGUUCAUAAAAACCUACAGAGUUUAUUACAUUUUUAUCCGGGCUAACACUGGAAUCGUCAAAAGCAAACUCCUUCAUGAUCAACAACUACUAGGAAUGGUUAGCGUUCUUCUUUUGGUUGACUGCAUUUUAGUGACGUUAUGGGUGACUAUUGAUCCAAUGGAACGCCAACUCACCGACCUAUCAAUGCAAGUGAAUAAAGAUGAAAGGAAUGUAGUGUACCUGUACCUUCGAGAACAUUGCAAUUCCCCUCACAUGGCAAAAUGGCUUGGAAGUUUGUAUAUCUAUAAAGGCUUGCUUCUCGUAGUGGGUUGUUACAUGGCAUGGGAGACAAGACACGUCAAAGUUCCCGCAUUGAAUGAUUCCCAAUACAUAGGAAUGAGCGUCUACAAUGUUGUGAUCACAAGCAUCAUUGUAGUCGCUUUAGCAAACAUCAUACCUGCCGAUCGAUACACUUUGACCUUUGUUUUAGUGUCAACUUUGAUAUUUGUUUCAACAACUACAACGUUGUGUAUCCUUUUUGUACCGAAGAUGCAUACUAUUUUAAUGGACCCUGAUGGUACGACAAUCAUAGCAACACCUGGCGUUAAAGUAGAGUGCAAAACUCGUCGCUUUGCCAUGGACGAACCGCGAGAAUCAGUCUACAGAGCUGAAGUUCUAAAUAGAGCUUUGAAAAGGGAACUAUUAGAGCUGGAUGAAGAAUACAAUAAGUUGGCUACGAAAUUAGGAUUGUCCCCAUGUGUAGUGAGAGAACCAAAACUGAACAGCGACAUCCAGGACGAUGACAGUGAUGAUGGUUUACCUCCAUGGCUUGCAGAUUACAACGAUUUUUCAUCAUCAAGGAAUGAUAUUUGGUACACGAACAGAUCAACCAUAGCUUCAGCUUUCAGUACCAUCCACAGCGUUGCUUUGCAGAUUCCAUCAACUUCUAACUUCCAAAGCGACAUCAAUACAAACAAAAAACAUACAGCAUCAGGAGAAAAGCCCAACAAACAAGCAGGAAGUAGUACCUCAAUAUCAACUGGAAACAGCACUAAGAUAAGUUUAACAGGCAUCAAACCAGUGAGGACAUUUUUAUCCGAUCGAGCUCUGAAUAAAUUGAAGACCUUACAGACCCUUCAUGAGAGUGCAUUUGAUGAUAUUGAUGGAUCUCCAAACCAUGCAAGAAAUUUAACCCAGUUGGAUAAACGGCUCAAUUCAGAACCUAAACUUUACUCCAAGUUAGUUUGCCAAGAUAUCAGUUUAAUGAAAUUUCCAACAAGAUCUUUGAAUCAAGUAUCCGUGAGUGUAAUUGAAGGCAGUUACUCUGAUCAUUCUAAAAAUACAACCAGCAUAACCAGUGACUGGACAACUGCGCCGUUAUAUGAAAGCACAUCAUUUUCUACUCCUCCUGAAGAUUUUUUUUCAUCCUCGAACAAUGGAAACGAUAGUAGCAGAGAUAUUGGAUCUAUUAACAAUCAUAUUUUUAUAUCAUGUAAAGAAGAUGAUUCAAGUAACUCGAUUGGUGACUGUAAUAAUCAAAAUAAAAAACAUCUCAGUGGUUCUGAAACAUCUGAAAAUGGUAGUUUUUCUAAUAAUCAAAGUAACACAAAUGCAGAAACUUCCAAUAACAGCAUCAGUGAAGCUACCAUUAGUGAUUUGUCAUCUGACACAAAAUGUAAAUUGGACAUGGAGCCAGUCAACACAGGAAUGAACUCUGUUGUGGAAAAUGCUACCAUAAAAAAGUCGCUCAACCCGGAUAUACUGCAAGAAGCUGCUAACCAAGCUAGUGCAUUCUCUGAGCAAAACACAAACUUAAUUCAGUUUCACUUUGAUCCACAGUUGAUUGUUGAAAGAAGUAGUUCUGAGACAUGUACAAUGUCUAAUGAAGAAAGUUCCAUCAUGCUAGUUGACAAUUUAGAGCAGUUGACUAUUGAUCCGAAUAAAAAUAGUGCCAAAUCAAAAGAAACUCAAAGCAAUGAUAGUGAAAAUAAUCAAAUUUUGCAGUGUUGGAACCAACCUGUGGCCGAACCGUGUGGUAACAAUUUUGAAGAACAGCCAAGAACAAUGCAAAUAGAUAACUUAAGAAACCAAAUAUUUCGCCUAGAACGUGAACUUAUAUUAUUGCAAUUAGAUCAAUCUGAAGCUGUUGAUUUAUAA